UGCAAACAAGGGGCCGGCGUCGAUUGUGGUGGAGACGAUAUGCUGUCCCACUGCUGGCCUUCGGGGGUUGGGGGAGGAGCCGUUGCUCAAAAAUCAAAAGUCUUGGAUAGCUCUUUAAGGUUCCUGGGCAUCGACGCUACUUGAGUGUUUGGCUCAAGUCACACCGGACGGGCGGCGACGCAAAGAUCAAAGUCGGGUUGAUCUGCGUCUUCCUGGAUAAAUAAGAGAAUCCGAGGAUACCAGUGCGGCAGACCUCCAUGUAUCCACGAAUCCACACGCCGUACCCACCGUACCGUACUCUAUCGUGGGAUUGUGGGCCAGCAUUACUUCGUACUGAGCCGACCAGCAACCGGUGGAGCUCGGACAAGCAAGCGGCAAGAUUCGGCUGCCGCUUCCAGCUAUCACAAUCGUCCGAAUGCGAUGCUUCUCAACUCAGCGAAUCAGAACAACCGUCAAGAUAUGCUGUCAAAUCGGUGUACAUAUGGCAAGCAGCCUUGCGCGAACAUCGUCGCUUGAAGCACGAGCCUGACAACGCAUACAUAGUCUUGUUCAGCUUGAGUACGGCAUGCCCUCUUCUCGUGCCCCAGAAAGUAUGGGUCACGGGGGAAGUCUACACCAAGGGAGCUUCCGAGCAAGGGGCUUUCCCUACACUGUCGCAUCAAUGGGGCGGAGAUAUCUUCACUUUCGGCCUGACCGGUCUGCCGCCUGUCAAGAGCUUGACGCUAAGAAAUUUGGCGCCUGGAAACGAGUGCUGAAGUAUUGCAGGAUUUUAGCUCUUCGCGCACCAGCAAGGUUUGGUUGCUUCUUUUCUCUUUUUCUUUCUUUUUUUUUUUU